AUGCCUGUGCGCUCUGCCGCAGUCAGAAGAGAAGAUGCGAUAAGACGCUACCGUCCUGCAGUCGAUGCAUCAAGUCUGAUCUCUCCCCAUCUUCCCUUUGCCUUUCUAUCAAAGCUAUCAUGCGACUAUGCGUGGAAUGCGACACAGACCGAGGACUUUCCCCGAGUGUCGCUGUCUGAUUUCCUCCUCUUCCAUGUGCCGGUCACUCAGGAUCACCUGUGGCUCCCCGGCAGCUUUCAGGCCUUACAACCCCAUUGGGCCAAUAUCAGUUCCCGGCGCGUAGAUAUUGACAACUACUUUGUCGGUCUGGUCAUGGCAACGCUGACGGAGCAAUGUGUAUCCGUGGAGAGAAUGCUCGAGGAAUACUUUUGCAAUAUCCAUCCCUGGUUCUCUGUGAUCAUAGAGCCAGGUUUUCGAAAACGGCUGUCUAACCUGCAUUGCGAGCCUUGUGCAGAGACAGCAAUGCUCCUAUUAGCUGUAUCCCUGGUUGCCGGCUCACAUGAUCAAUCUAGCAACGAUUCUCGCCGGACGAGGAUCUACCAGAUUGGCAAAUAUCUCUUCUCCUUUCUACAGCUCCAACGGGAACCUUCAUUGGAGAUGGUGCAGAGUGGGUUGUUGCUGGUAUUGUACGAGCUGAGAGCUUCCCGGCUCAACGAGGCCUCUGUGAGCGUUGGGAAUUGCGCGAGGCUGGGAUACACUCUCCGCUUGAAUAUUGACCAUAUCCAACAGGAGGAAAAUUUGCCUUGGAUCGAAUUCGAGGAACGAAGAAGAGUAUGGUGCGGGCUAUAUAUGUUAGACCGGAUCAUUUACCAAGUAGCCACCGAGUUUCGGGCGCCCCACGCAGUAGAAGAGCCUGAUGCCAGUUAUCGGCUACCGAUAGACGACAUCUUCUGUUAUAAACCGAAAACACCCGUCCCAGGCAAUUCCUAUCCGUCUUUAUCGACGCCGCUUGAGGUUCCCUUGUGUUAUUUUGCCCGUGAGAUCCAGGUAUCCCGCAUCCUUGGACAAGUUCAGAUGCUUAGACGGUUAAGUGACGCCGAUUGGUCUUAUGAACAAUUUGCAGUUCUCGACCGCAAACUGAUGCAAUUCAUGGAGAUCCUAUUUGAGCAAACGCCCGGAAGUUGGGCUGUUCUAUGUGGGGCAAAUGCGAUUUGCUUAGCGUCUGCAAUAAGUCUUCACCAAGACCGUCUAUUACGGGCAGCUCGUGGCGCAAUCUCUCCCACUGAUCUGGACACCUCAUUCCUUGCGAUCAGGGCGUAUAUUAAGAUGGUCGGAGAUAUCUGCUCCAAAUUCGACGCCCUUGAGCCUAGUAGGAAGAUACCCUGCGUACCCCUACCAGCUGUGAUGUGCACGGGAGAAGCUAUCCUCGCGGUUAGAUAUCUCAAACAGUCAUAUGGGCUAGCGUUUCAGUUCGAUGAAGAGCCUUUCCAACACAUCCUUACCUACGCUACAAGAACAUGGAAUCUUGCUGGUAUGUCUGAUCUCCUCUGCUAA